AUAUUAAGUCUGGCGCCUGGCACAUUAAUGAUGUAUGGCUGGUGCAAUGUGGGAAGUAAAUUUCCUUCCAGAGUCCUUCGACGUAGGAACCCAAGUGGAUUGUAAUUAUUCAAUGGAGCAAUUUGCAUCAAGUUAGAUUACUUGACCAAUUCAAGCCCACAAAAUACCAGAUAAACAAUUAAGUUUGGCUUCACCUAAAAGUUUUGGAAAUAAUAAGACAUCAAGUAGCAACCAAAAGAUGAAAUUUGGACGUAUUAUGGACCUUGUCAAAGCUUCAAAGUUUGACAGAGACGCCAGGGUCCCUUUCUCUUUGCUUUUUCCCCACUCUUGUCUGCCAAUCACACUAUACUAAUAAAUUAAUCAAUAAGUUAUCAGCGAAGUAAUCGUACGUUCAAAUAAACCAAUAGAACUUUUAAAUUUCAAAGUUAUUUUUACUGUUGUUUUGUUGUCCACACAAACCUUUAAUUAUAGCUUAUCAUUUGAACUGUGGCAAUUGAAUAUAUAUAUCUCCUUUCUACUUUAAUCAAAUCUGAAAGAGUAAAUUGCACCCCAGAUCCCCGAACUCGUAGCGAAAUUCUGCUUAGGUCCCCAAACUCUUAAAUCAUCCAUCUAGGUCCCUAAAGUACAAUAAGUGUUUCACGAGGGGUCCCAAACCCGCCACGCGUGCAUCCGAAGCCGCGUGGCAUGCCACGUGGUGCCACGGUGGCGAACAUUUACAAAAAAGAUCCUAAAUUUAUUUAUCUUCUCAUAUUUGGUCCUUUCUCCCUCUCUUCCCCUCUCUCUCUCCCAUCUCUCACCAGCUCAUCCACCGUAGCUGGCCGCCGUCGCGCCGCUCUCUCUCCCCCACGCGCCGCCCGUCCCUACCCCUCCCCACAUCGGCAGCAAACGAGCUCCUCUCCACCAUCUUCUACACCGGCACCACCACUCCCGGCCGGCAGCCACAGUGCUCCUACCCAUCCCUAGGUGCGGUGGCAUGCAUGGCACAGCGCGGCAUAGAGUGCGGCAGCAGCGCGCGGAGCAGGGCGAGCGGGCGUGCAGGUCGGCGCGCGGGGUGGAGCAGGAGCAAGGCGGUGCAGCGAGGCUCGUGCACGCGCCGGCCUGCAAGCGCCGCGGCGCGCACUGUGGCCGAGGCACGGCGGCGGCCAGCAUGCAGCGCGACGCAGCGCAGGGCGCACGGGCGUGCAGGCCAGUGGGCGGAGGCGGAGCAGGAACAGGGCUGCUCGGUGAGGCUCGCGCAGGCGCGUGCAGGUCGGCAAGCGCUGCGGCGCACGCUGUGGCCGGGGCGCAGCGGCGAUGGCCAGCAGUCAGCGCGGCAACGUACUCGGCGAGGACGGCGAGGAGGCCCGCACAGCCUAUGCGGCGGUGGUGGCCCUGCGGCCACAGCUCCUCCUGCGCCGCUAGCGUCUCAUCCUCCUCUCCCUCUCAUUAUUCCCCUCCCUUUCUUCUUAGUGUUACUUGGAACACAUGUAGAUGUUGAAGUUAUUUGGGGAAUUGAAUAUGCUCUUCCAUGUGAAAUGUCUCCAAAUCUCUUAUGAAAUUUCCAUGUUGGAAAUUAUUGAGGUCUCAUAUAUCACGAAACAAUAAUAGUGACAUGGCAUGGUACCUUUGCAAUCUAUGCUGAUCUGGCAUCAUGCCAUAUAUCACGUUAUGCUAUUGUGGAACACCAGCCACACUAUCUCCCUGUUGUGCUCAAUAAGAGACUACUAUAUAUCGAAUUUAAACGGUGCAAAGUGGCAAUUGAACCCCAAAUAAAGGUCCAGGUGAAGGGGCUGAAACAAAUAAUAAUUAGGAUAAUGAAAGUAAUUCACCAAACCUUCUUGAUUGUAUUCAUCGUAAGAUAACUAGCCUACAAAAACUUUAUUUGGGGUGGCUGUUUUUCAUUUUCUCUCCACGGUCCACACCCAUUGUCCUUCCAAGUUUUUGUCCAGUCCUUUUUCAGUAUAGGCUCUACUUUCUGUCUAACCCGGAGUCCCGGACUACUUGGUCAAGCUUCUUGUCAGAUCCUAUAUGUAUGUCAAACUUUCGGACCAAGACACUAUCACAGCCAAAGUUUAUGACGAUUAUUGAACUACAAAAUUCUGCAAUUCCAGGCUUUAUCAGGCCCUAAAUAUACAUACCAGGUUAUAAUCAAGUCACACUACCAACGUUGGUCGGGUCCAAGAAUUUAUUUGCAGCCUCUUCCCCUCUGCAUCAGCAGCUUCCAUUUGUAAAGCUCCCAAGAGCCCAAGGCACUACCCGUCAAGAUUCAGGAGCAACGCGUUCACUAUUUGCGCAAGCAACGAAAGCCAUUAUUUCAUCCUCCAAGCUUUGCUCCACGCCCUUAUUUAUACUCCGUUCACCCACCUCAUACCUGGCAGCAGAAGUGUUUCACCUUCACCGUGCCUCCAGCAAGCCAGAGGUAAACCAUGGCGCUCAAGCGCAAGGCGUCUCCCGGCUUGGCCGACGACCUGCUGAUGAUCUCCUGCGGCGGCGACCACAGCCACGCCGCGUCGAACAGUUUUGCGCCAGCGGCGAGGUCGAGGGAGUCGUGGGCGGAGGCAGCGGUGGGCGCGGUGGCGGUGGCGCAGCCGCGGGGUCGGAAGCGCUUCGUCGGCGUGCGGCAGCGGCCGUCGGGGCGGUGGGUGGCCGAGAUCAAGGACACCAUCCAGAAGAUCCGGGUGUGGCUCGGCACCUUCGACACGGCCGAGGAGGCCGCGCGCGCCUACGACGAGGCCGCCUGCCUCCUCCGCGGCUCCAACACCCGCACCAACUUCUGGCCCCGGGCCGCCGGCGCCGCCGCCUUCACGCUGCAGCAACCGCCGCCGCCGCCGUCCGCGCUGCCCUCCAAGGUCACCAACCUUCUCCUCCUCCGCCUCAAGAAAGCGCGCGGCAGUGCCGGCGCCGUCACACACGCACAGCAAGAGGCGCCGGCGCAACACCGGCAGGCUCAACAAGGGCACAACGGCGGCCAAGACGAGUAUAGCUUCCAGGUCGACGACUUCCUCAGCUACGACGGCGCCUGCGACGAGCUCCACGUCGUGAAGCACGAGGUGGUGUCCAACUGCUCUCAGGAAGCGGAGGACGAAGCAGGCGACGAGGAGGAGGCGCCCUUGGACUUCGGGUUCAUGGACAAGCAGCCAUCGCCGGCCAGGGAGGCCGGCGGCGCGGAGGGGCUCUACUCGCCGUUCGAGAUGGUGGCGGACGAGCUCGGUGGCGCGGCGGCGGAGGUGGAGCCAGCGGGGCCGAUCAACGAGGUGAUGAAGAGGAUGAAGUACGAGAGGAAGAUCUCCGCGUCGCUCUACGCGCUCAGCGGGGUGUCGGAGUGCCUCCGCUUGCGCCUCGGCGACGUUGGCGGCGACCACGUCGGCGCCGGGAGGCGCGAGCUGCUGGCGCUCUCCGGCCUGAGGGACGCGUGCAGGAAGCAGCAGCAGGAGGAGGAAGAAGUGGUAGACGAGGGAGGCAACGCCGUCGGCUAUGACGAGAGCUCCAGCUCCAGCAUCAGCAACAGCACCUCGUCGGAAGCGGCGAGCUCGUCGCCGGAAGCAGCGAGCUCUCCGCAGGACGCGAAAGCUGCCGAGAGCGACAUGCUUCUGUGGAGCUCCCUCGAUCUGCCUCCUAUUUGCUAAACUUUAUUGUUAUAGAUAGAAACGAUAAGUUUUCUUUACCAUAGUUAAUUAGUUGUACUAGAAUUUAUCGUAUUAUUUUGCCAACAUAUGGUGCAGGGCCGUAGGGUCAUAGUUAUAUAA